UAAGGGCAUAGAUCACCUUCUACCCAUCCCUCUUCACUUUAAGUGAAAGAGGCGCACACACUACACAGUAUCCAAGCUCAAAUGGCCAUCCAAGUACCCCGUAACAUUUCUGAUACGAAGCCUCACUUUGUACUCAUUCCUUUAAUGGCACAAGGCCACACGAUUCCCAUGAUCGACAUGGCUCAACUCCUCGCAAGCCAUGGUGCCGUCGUCACCCUCAUCACUACCCCUGCCAACGCUGAGCGCAUAAGAGACACAAUUGAUAAGGUCAAGCGCUCUGGCUUACCUGUCAAGUUUGUAUCUCUCAGGUUCCCGUCCACUGAGGUUGGCUUGCCGGAGGGGUUAGAAAACAUCGACAUGCUCCCUUCCCGCGGCCAACUCAAGAGUUUCAUCGAUGCAAUAUGUAUGCUUCGUGACCCCGUCAUUCUCCACCUUCGAGCCCACAGACCUCACCCUACUUGCGUCAUCUCUGAUAACAUUCACUACUGGGCGCGAGAUGUGGCUAGGGAGUUUAACAUCCCUAGACUUGUGUUCCAUGGGUGUGGAUGCUUUCCCCUUCUUUGUGUCCGUCGCGCCAGAACAAAGGAGAUUGAGGAGACGAUAAAAGAUGAGAAUGAGCCGUUUGUAGUUCCUGGGUUGCCUCGUCCGGUUAUGAUAACGAAGGCUCAAGUGGGGAGCUUCUUCAGACUCACGGAUGAGCAUGCAAAAGGGGUUAGGGAGGCCGAGUUGGUAUCUGACGGUGUGAUUGUCAACAUUUACGUGAGUUUCGGUACCCUGGUUCGAACAACUCCUGCGCAACUUAUCGAGAUAGGAUUGGGCUUGGAGGCUUGCGAUUGUCCGUUCAUCUGGGUCAUAAAAGACCGAGAAAUGUGUUUCGAGGUGGAGGUAUGGCUCUCUGAGUUUGAAAGAAGAACGAGGGACCGAGGGCUUGUAAUUAGAGGAUGGGCACCACAAGUGAUGAUUUUGUCACAUCCAGCGCUUGGAGGAUUUAUAACACACUGUGGAUGGAACUCAACAUUAGAGUCUGUGUCAGCAGGUGUUCCUAUGAUAACUUGGCCUAAUUAUAGCGACCAAUUCUUGAACGAGAAACUAAUAGUGGAAGUUUUGAGAAUCGGAGUAUCGCUGGGGGUAAAAUCUCCGACUAUAUGGGGAGUCGAGAAUAGGGAUGUGUUGGUGAAGAAGGAUGAUGUAGAGAAAGCAGUACGCCAUUUGUUCGCUGAAGGCAAAGAAGCUAAAGAGAGGAGGAAGAGGGCUAAGGAGUUGGCUGAAAAGGCUCAAGAGGCUGUAGAAGGAGGAACUUCUUACUCCAACCUUAUGCACCUGAUUCAGCACAUGGAAGCAAAUAAUUGAUCAGAGGAACACUAUCACGUAGGUAGAAAAUCGAAGAGCUCUUGUUUUGUCAUUCUUUGAAUCGUUAAUGGCUGGAUGAACCUCCGACUCUUGUAUUUGUUCUAUUCCUCUCUUCUAUUGAAGUAGCUGGAUAUGUUUAAUUAUUCCG